GUGGAAAGUGCCCGAACUGUGGUAACUAAGGCCGCGCUAGUGUCCUGCCUAUAUAGUACACUUGCCUUUGGCGAGGCGUGCAGCGAUCAGCGCGCGACAUUGAAGUUAGUGUGCAGCCCGAUUGUUCUUUCAAUAUCACGUUUGGAACGGACAAAAUUCAAACAUGGAAAACAGAAAUCACGGGCCCGAAGAUGAGACCUCUAUGGAAGCGGAUGAGCUAGUGGAGUAUGCAUUGGAGGAGGAACUGGAAGAGGAACAGGAGGAUGUCGUGGAGCCGAUAGCCCAGGAAGAGUUGGAGGAUGAGGAAGAGGAGGUGGAGCAGGAGAUUGAGGACGUGGCGGACGAAGGUGCUCUUUCUGAAGACGCCGCCGAAGAGGUUUACUACGUCGAUGAGGAACACGAAGAGGACAACGAUGAGACGGGGAGCACGGCGGAGGUUGAACGAAGCAAGCCAGCAGUCGCGGGCACGAAACUACCGACAGUGUUAUCAACUGCGUGUGCUAAGAUGCCAGCGACCAGUAAAAUCAUCAGCCAAGUGCCGGCUCGACAACCCGUGGCAAGACUGAACAGUGUAGUCGUGAUGCCGCAGUCGUCCAGGCCAAUGCAGGCCAGUGCAACGAUGAAGCUGCUGAACAACACAAAAAAGACGACAGCGGCCGAGACCACGUCCUACCAUCUCGUGAAUGCCGAUGGUAAAGUGAUAAUGAAGCAAAACGUUAUUAUUCAACCGCCGGGCCCCGCGGUUCUGAAACGGGCCAUACCCCUCCCGAGCGGACAGCAGCAGCCCGCGACGAAGGUUAUGAUUGAUUCGAAAGCACGCAUCGUUCAGAUUCAACCGAAAAGUGUUCCCUCCACGUCCGGUGCGCCGGUCUUGACGAAAACAGUGACCCUUACAAAAGCAGCCCCUCCGUUUGCGGGUUCGAAAACACUCACAGUGAAAACACUGCCAUCAGGCACGGUAAAGAUGCUCGCUCAUCCUUCGCCCACUGCGGCGUCACCGACCACUUUGCGUGUCGCCAAAGCGGCUCUCCCCGGUCAGGGAACGAGUACAUCGUUGAUAGCUCCUAGAAUUAUCAAGACCGGCACCGGCAAUGCUGGUGAACCGACCAAAAUAAUCCUGAAUGCGGGCAUGAACAACAGUGCUGUUUUGACCAAAAAGCCGGUCCCUGCCGACGGUCACGCCGUCAAUGUACCCGUUGUGAAAGGGUUGCAGUAUGUGCGUGUAGUGAACCCAAUCCCGUCUGGUUCUAAGUUUAUCGUGCAGCCAACAAACAAGACCGGCACCUUUACCGCCGUUGGCCACCAGCUUCGACCGACGGGCGCUGCCCUCGCAGCAGCGUCAUCGUCAUCAACCGGACCAUCGAAGAUUAUCCUGCAAAACAAUAAAGCCUAUGUGGUACGUAAUGGUUCCGUUCACGUAGCCUCUACACCGACUACCACGUGCAGCAUGCUGCCGGUUCUUCCUGUGCCACGAAAACUUGUCAUAAGUGGCAAUAAAAUCCAGACGCAGGAAAACGUUGGCACAGGGAUAGGGACACGAAUCUUUGUACGGAAGGAAGAUUUUAAACCUACCCAGAAGCAUAUUCAUCACACGGUCGUAGCGACUCCUAAGCCGGCACCGAACGGAGCCGGUUCGGUGGUGAAGGUCACCGACAAGGGUGAACAGAAGAAGCAAUUCAAAGAGGAGGCUGAAGUUGUUGCUACGCCAACAGCAAGUCAAAAAAAUGUCUACGUUGGCAUGGAGCCGGAGGAUCUUGUCAAAGAGGAGAUGUCCAAGUUGGCGGAGGAGGCCGAAGACCGCAAACCAGACUCAUUUCCUGGAGAACUGUACAAAAAGCGAUCCUGCAAUUGCACCAAGUCGCAGUGCCUGAAGCUGUACUGCGAUUGCUUUGCGAAUGGUGAAUUGUGCUUUUCCUGCAACUGUAAGGACUGUCACAACACGCAGGAUUUCGAAGGCGAUCGCCAGAAGGCCAUUCGAAUCACGCUCGAGCGUAAUCCGAAUGCGUUUAAACCGAAAAUUGGCUCCAUUGGCACGCGGGACGCUGGCAAACGCUUACAUACUAAGGGGUGCAACUGCAAACGAUCAGGCUGCCUCAAGAAUUACUGCGAGUGUUACGAGGCCAAAAUUCCUUGCUCUAGUAACUGCAAAUGCGCUGGUUGCCGAAAUACCACCCAAUUCGUGAACGAAUUUCAGUUCUGCAGAGGUUCCCCCAAUCAUCUGCCUCGGUUCGAAGGGCAACUAGCUAACUCGGGAGCAUUCAACAAAAGUUCUCAUUUUGGCAACAUUAAAGAUGAAGUGGACGAUAUGAUGAAAAGUUUCGGAGAUACAUCGUUCCCCAUGGACAUCGAUUGGUCGAAGGUGCAGCCCAGCAAGCAGCCGCAUAACUUCAUGACGCCGGACGUGAUCGAGGCCACGCUACAGUGCAUGAUAGCCAGAAACGACGAAUGCCAGCGGCGUGGAAGCAGCAUACGCACGACGGAGCGUUUGGUGCUGCAGGAGUUUAACCGCUGUUUGGUGGAAAUCAUGGACUUUGCGUCGGCCAUCGACGCAGACGACACCGCAGGUAGCCUAGCUACCGAGACGUAAGAAGCACCCAUCCAAACGAUGUUUCCACUGCUACGCGUAUUUUCUGGCCUUUUUUGAAAUAUGUUUUUCGUAACUUUUUUUCGCAACAUUAUUGGUGUGCUGUAAUGUGGUAUCGUAACAUCAGUGUAUUUAUUGCCAUUUUUACCCAUUUUCUUUCUUAAAAUUCAAUCGAAGUUAGUGUCGAAGUUCUAACGUAAGUUGCAAAUCUGAACUGAAUCAUCGGCACAAUGGGCAAUGGAAUUUGGCAUCUUGACACGCAUUGUUUACAAACCAGGGAGGAUUGCAAUUUUUGUAUUAAGAGCUGUGCGAAAUUAAAUUCAACUUAUCGCAAUUCAACGGCAAGAACUGCUAUGGAAGCAACCGAUGGAUUCGAGUUUCUUUUAUCGAACAUUAUUCAGUAGA